ACUUUAAACUUAGAAACACAUUUUUCGGCCAGGACUAAUUCAGAUUUAGGCAGUAUAGCAACAUAUUCGAUUUAUAUGACUUAAAAACAUUAAUUUACUGAGAACUUGUUUUGUGAUUGUUCAUCUAGAAAACGAUUUUGAUAAUAUUUGGGACUCAUUUUAAAUAUAACAUUAGAAGUUUGUAUUAAACAACAUGUCCAAAUGUUUUAAAUUGAAUUUAAACAAUUACUGAUUUUAUUUCCGGCUUUAACGGUCGACUGCCCCCUGUGAAUUCUGGGUAAUGAAGUCUUUCUUCGUUGUUGUUGUCACGUGACGCUAAGUGUAGCUUGUAGCUCGGUAAACAGGCUCCAGCAGCUACUACACGAUGCGGGGGAAGACUGUGAUAGUGACCGGAGCGAAUAGCGGCAUCGGGAAAGCCACAGCGGCGGCGAUUGUGAAGCUCCAGGGCCGGGUGAUCAUGGCUUGUCGGAACCAAGCCAGGGCCGAGGAGGCUGCACGGGACAUCCGACAGGAGACCGGGGCAGACGGCGGGCAGGUGGUGUUCAAACAGCUUGACCUGGCCUCCUUGGAGUCUGUGCGCUCUUUCUGUGAAGAUAUUAUAAAAGAGGAGCCUCGGUUAGAUGUGCUGAUCAACAAUGCUGGAGUCUACCAAUGUCCUUACACCAGGACAGAGGAUGGCUUCGAGAUGCAGUUCGGGGUCAACCAUCUUGGUCAUUUCCUCCUCACCAACCUGCUACUGGAUCUCCUGAAGCGCUCUGCGCCCAGCCGGAUCGUGGUGGUCUCCUCCAAGCUCUACAAGCACGGUGACAUUAACUUCGAAGACCUGAACAGUGAGCAGUUUUAUGACAAGGCCUUCGCCUACAGUCGCAGCAAACUGGCCAAUCUGUUGUUCACCUGCGAGCUGGCCUGCCGCCUGGAGGGCAGUGGAGUGACGGUGAACGCUCUGACUCCAGGUAUUGUGAGGACUAACCUGGGAAGGCAUGUGCACAUUCCAGUGUUAGCGAAGCCCCUUUUUAACCUGCUCUCCUGGGGCUUGUUUAAAAGCCCAGAGGAUGGAGCUCAGACUUCAGUGUACCUGGCUUCCUGCCCAGAUGUUGAUGGUGUGCAGGGAAAGUGCUUUGCAGAUUGUAAACCUCUGGAUCUUCUGGGUAAGGCCACGAAUCAGGAAGUGGCAUCUAAACUGUGGGACAUCAGUGAGGUCAUGGUGGGCAUAACCACUUAAGAAUUAUCUGAGCCAUGCAAGUUUUUCCCAGCAUGGAAAUUACUAAAACUGAAAGAAAUGCAAUGCCUUGGUAAGAUUACCUUAACAUUUAGUUGUUGCGCUGAGAUAUCGAGACGUUUUCUGGGUUUAUGGAAAUGUUUGUGUCCAUUUACAUGCUGGCUUGUUUGCAGCAUCUUGUUUUAGCGGUUAGAAUUGUUUUAGUUUUCUGUUUUAAUACAUUUCUAAUACCAAAUGUUUCUAAUGUGAGCCUUCUAACAGAGCUGUAAUAAAGACAGCCCUCAGUUGUAAUAAAAGUUAAAUAUCCAA